GGUAUAAAAUAAUAUUUUACUUUUGUGCAUUCUCCGAUAUUCUUGUAAAUAUAACAAAGUUCCUUAUUGAAGAAAAGCUUUAUAACGGAUAAGAUGGGUUUGCUCACAUCGGGUAGUAGGCAAACGGAAAUAUUAGGUCUUUUCUUGGAUAAAUAUCAUAUUCCAUUAUCAGUUUUAUGUUACGUUGGCGGCUUAGUUUGGUUCUGUCUCCUCUCCGAUCCAAGAUUUAAUGCCGGUACCUACUUUUCAGAAAAUGCUCUCCUAACCGGUAUUGUAGACAAUGAAUUUAGCUCAUUUUACAAUCCAUCUCAGUUAAAGGCUGAGCUAAAAGCCGAAAUGCGGAAAGAUGAAGAAAGAAAAAUUCCAGCCGAUUGGUUAUAUAAUAAAAUGUUCGAAUUAGGUUUAGAUGUGUCCAUUCAAAAUUUCUCCUUCUCCUAUCCGCUCGAACCUGAGAAUGAAAUGCACCAAAGAAAUGAGUGGAAAGGAAGAAAUGUAUAUGGAAUAUUAAGGGCUCCAAAAUCAGCUAGCUUCGAAGCAUUUGUUUUAUUAGUACCUUGGAGAGGGGAAGAAGAAUCAACAGUUACAUCUAUAUCCCUUCUUAUUAAAAUGGCUGAUAUGAUGAGACACAAAAGUUAUUGGGCCAAAGAUAUAAUUUUCCUUUUUACCGAAUAUGAUAGUGUUGGAGUUCAAGCGUGGCUGGACGCCUAUCAUGAUAUCCGAACAUCUGAAUUUAUAAGUCCAUCUCAUCUCGCUACCCGUAGUGGAAGUAUUCAAGCUGCUUUAAACGUUGAAAUUCUUGCUGAUAGAUUUUCAACCAUUAAUUUUAUUUUGGAAGGAAUUAAUGGUCAAAUGCCCAAUUUGGAUCUACUUAAUUCGUUGGCUUUGUUGUGUAAACAAAGGGGAGUUCGUAUUGCUCUUCAAGGACGACGAGACAAGAAAAUCUCUCCCAAUAGUUGGAAGUAUACCUUAGGCACCCUUGUGAGGGCUGUUUGGGCUCAGGCAUCUGGUGUAGCUACAGCUGCACAUGCCCCAUUUUUAAAAUUUGGAAUUCCAUCUUUGACAAUGAGAUCACAGGGCUCUAGUAAAUCCUCAUCUUCUGAUAUUAUGGAUAUUGGGUUUGUUCUAGAGGGUAUUUGCCGGAGUUUAAAUAAUUUAUUAGAAAGAUUUCAUCAGUCGUUUUUCUUUUACAUCCUACCACAUACUGACAGGUACAUAAGUAUUGGACUUUACAUGCCUCCUCUUGGUGUAAUGUCUCUUCCACUCUUGAUGAGGGCUUUAGUUUUGUGGACAAGGGCGAAAAAUGCUACAUUUUCCCCUAUAGUGCCUCCGAUUGUUUUAUCCAUCAUUAUGGGAUUGCUAAGUCUCUUUGCACCAGAUCAUCUUGUUCGAGUAGCUAGAGCGAUUCGAUUACCCGCACCUGAGGCUUUAGGCUGGGGAACGUUUUCACUCCACAUGGCAGCGAUCCUUUUACCAUACAUGCUAACGAGAAAAGCUAAAAAUGGUAAAGGUGAUUUUUGGGAUGCGAACCUGUUGCACAGUGUUGCUUUGAUUAUCUUUGCUGUAUCUACUAGUGCUGUUUGUGUUCUCAAUGCUUCAUUAGGGGCAAUCAUUCUUGUUUUCUCCGUACCGAGUGCUUUAUUAGCUUCACCUUCUAAAAGUUGGAUAUUCUAUAUAUUGAAAAUGAUUUUACUUAUUUCAACUUGUCCAUUCUUCAUUCUAAUAUGGAAUAUCUCAAUAAGAGGCUUUUUAAUGGGUCAAGAACUAUCAUUAGAGAAGAUAUGGCUGCAAUCCCAAAAUAUCUUAACAAUGGGAGUGGUAGCCUCAGAGUGGUUUGGAAGUUGGGGAUGGAAAGUAGUCGCUGGUUUAUUCUUUCCAUUAUGGAUUCUAUUUUGGUCGUGUCUAAAUAGUCCUAUUAGAAAUGAAAAAGUCGAAAUUGAAGCUACAAAGCCCGAAGAAAAGAAAAUCAAUUAG